AUGGGUAGUAUGCAAGAGGUCUUUGUUGGUUCAAUUGACCAGGGAACCACAAGUUCACGAUUCUUGAUCUUCAACAAGCAAGGCGAACCUGUGGCUUCCCAUCAACUCGAGUUCAAGCAGAUUUACCCUCAGCCUGGCUGGCAUGAACAUGAUCCUCUUGAGAUCGUAUCGUCAGUCGAAAAGUGCAUUGAUGGCGCGGUCAAGCAAUUUGAAACCCAAGGUCACAACGUAAAUACCAUCAAGGCAGUUGGUAUCACCAAUCAACGUGAGACUACCGUGGUUUGGAACAAGGAAACCGGAGAGCCACUGUACAACGCAAUUGUCUGGACCGACACCCGUACCCAAGCCUUGGUCCGAAAGCUGAAGCAACGUCUUGGGGCUGACAAGCUCACUGACAUCUGCGGGAUACCUCUUUCUACCUAUCCAUCAGUGGGCAAGCUCCUUUGGCUACUUGAGAAUGUACCACAGGUCAAUGAAGCACACGACAAGGGAGUUCUCGCCUUUGGGACCAUAGACACUUGGCUCGUGUACAAGUUGAAUGGAGGCCCCAAACGAAAUAUCUUCGUCUCCGAUCCCUCCAACGCAUCCCGAACCAUGUUCAUGAACCUCAAGACACUGAAUUAUGAUGAAUCCCUGCUCGACUUUUUUCGAAUUGACACCACGAAAAUUUAUCUUCCCCAAAUCGUUCACUCUUCCGACUCUUCUGCGUAUGGCUCGCUAGCCUCGACCAUCUUGAAAGGCGUUCCGAUCACUGGUUGUUUGGGAGAUCAAUCCGCGGCCCUUGUAGGCCAGAAGGGCUUCACACCGGGUCUCGGAAAGAACACGUAUGGAACAGGCAGUUUCAUCCUUUACAAUAUUGGAAAUAAGCCGAUUAUUUCCACCCACGGUCUCCUGACCACUGUCGCAUUUGAUUUCGGUGGCAACAGCACGCCAAUGUACGCCCUUGAAGGUAGUAUUGCGGUGGCAGGAUCUAGCGUCAAGUUUCUGGUGGAGAACUUUGGCUUCAUCGAGUCCUCGAGUAAGAUCAGCCAAUUGGCCGAGACGGUCGAAGACAACGGUGGUGUCACCUUCGUCACUGCCUUCAGCGGUCUCUUUGCCCCGUAUUGGAUUGACGAUGCUCGUGGCACCAUUUUCGGUAUCACCGCAUACACGAAGCAGGGCCACAUUGCCCGCGCGACCUUGGAAGCGACAUGUUUCCAAACCAAGGCCAUCUUGGUAGCCAUGGAGAAGGACAGCGGCCACGAGCUCAGCGAAUUGGCCGUCGACGGUGGCAUGUGCAAUUCGGAUCUCUGUAUGCAGACUCAAUCCGAUCUCAUCGGCAUUCCGGUCAGGCGACCGGCGAUGCGUGAGACUACGGCGCUGGGCGCUGCCAUUGCAGCAGGACUUGCUGUGGGUGUCUGGGAGAGCAUUGAAGAGCUUGGGGACGUCAACACUGAAGGGAGCACAAUCUUCAAGCCGGCUAUCAGCAAAGAAGAAAGCGCGUCGCGUUUCAGCCGAUGGGAAAAGGCUGUAGAAAUGAGCAAGGGAUGGGCCAACUGA